GCUGUGGCUAGGGAUGUAGGGGAGGAUGGGGACAUGGGAACUGCUCAAGGCCUCAUGGUCCCAAAGGGGCUGCGAGCUCUUGGCCCAGCUUAGGCGGCCCGGCCCUCAGGGAUCAUGUCUGCUGCACAACAGCUAGGCCAGGGCAGGAAGGACAGGGACGGGGCGUGAGCACAGAGCAAAGGAUGGACUUGGGGUUGCUAGGCCUCACUGCUGCCCAUCAGGCAGUGCUGCUCCCACCCUGGCUGGCCUUCCGGGGGGCAGCUGUCCCUGCUGUGUUCUGGCCUGGAAUCUGCCUGACUGGCUGAGGUCCCCGGUGGGGGUCACAGCUCGUACCACCAGCCAGGCUGACAAGUGCCCUGUCUCUGCCCCAGGUUUGUGCUGGCCGUGGGUAGCGCCGUCUUCGAUGCCAUGUUCAAUGGUGGCAUGGCCACCACGUCCACGGAGAUCGAGCUGCCCGAUGUGGAGCCCGCAGCCUUUCUGGCUCUGCUCAAGUUCCUGUACUCGGAUGAGGUGCAGAUUGGGCCUGAGACCGUCAUGACCACACUGUACACUGCCAAGAAGUAUGCGGUGCCUGCGCUUGAGGCCCACUGUGUGGAGUUCCUGAAGAAGAACCUGCGGGCCGACAACGCUUUCAUGCUGCUUACACAGGCACGCCUGUUUGAUGAGCCACAGCUGGCCAGCCUGUGCCUGGAGAGCAUCGACAAGAACACGGCUGAUGCCAUCACCGCUGAGGGCUUCACCGACAUUGACCUGGACACACUGGUGGCCGUCCUGGAGCGGGACACCCUGGGCAUCCGGGAGGUGCGGCUGUUCAAUGCGGUCGUGCGCUGGUCUGAAGCGGAGUGUCAGCGGCAGCAGCUGCAGGUGACACCAGAGAACAAGCGGAAGGUGCUGGGCAAGGCCCUGGGGCUCAUCCGCUUCCCGCUGAUGACCAUCGAGGAGUUUGCUGCAGGCCCCGCGCAGUCCGGCAUCCUGGUGGACCGGGAGGUGGUCAGCCUCUUCCUGCACUUCACCGUCAACCCCAAGCCCCGAGUGGAGUUCAUCGACCGCCCGCGCUGUUGCCUGCGCGGCAAGGAGUGCAGCAUUAACCGCUUCCAGCAGGUGGAGAGCCGCUGGGGCUACAGCGGGACCAGUGACCGCAUCAGGUUCUCCGUCAACAAGCGCAUAUUCGUGGUGGGCUUCGGGCUCUACGGAUCCAUCCAUGGGCCCACAGACUACCAAGUGAACAUUCAGAUCAUCCACACGGACAGCAACACUGUCCUGGGCCAGAACGACACAGGAUUCAGCUGCGACGGCUCAGCCAGCACCUUCCGGGUCAUGUUCAAGGAGCCGGUGGAGGUGCUGCCCAACGUGAACUACACGGCCUGCGCCACUCUCAAGGGCCCCGACUCCCACUAUGGCACCAAAGGCCUACGCAAGGUGACACACGAGUCACCCACGACGGGGGCCAAGACCUGCUUCACGUUCUGCUACGCAGCGGGAAACAACAAUGGCACCUCGGUGGAGGACGGGCAGAUCCCAGAGGUCAUCUUCUACACCUAGGCCCAACAGCCGCAGGGCAUUGUCCACACAUCCACUCCCUGCCCCGAGCAUCCAGAAGGGGCGUCCCUCUGUCCAUGGUGACAGCGUGGCUGGUGUCCAGAGCCCCGGGUGGUUAUGAGACAAUCCCUCAAACACCAUGGGCCAGACAGGGCAGUGCCUCCACCCUGGGGCCAACCUGGGCCAAGGGUGGCAGGCCUAUGGGGGUGGCUGUCCCCACUGUCCCUGCAGCUCAGGGCUGGUGGCCGCUCACCUAGGCAGGUGGAGCAGUAUGGUCUCCUGUCUGUCAAGCGCACACGCGAUGAUGCCUCAGACCCCCUUAGAAGCCCAGGUGAGGGGUCCCAUAGGCACUGACUGGGGUCUUUCAUUCUUGCCUGCUCACUGGGGACACCGGGGCCUGGCCAGCCAUGUACCUGAAGCCACCCUGGCCUGCGGGGCGUCCCCCCUGCUCCAAGACACUGGAGAUACAGGAGUGGGACUCUGGUGGAGCUCAGCCCCAGUGCUGUCCCCAAGGGCAGCCCCUGUCCAGGUAGCAGGUGGUUUGCUGUUUCUGUUCUCGCCCCACGCGUGGGCCAUUAGGGCUGUCACUGUCCUCUGUGGACAGAUGCCUCGCACUCAGCCGUGGCUAAGCAGGGCCCCAACCCCAUGUGCCUGGAGGGACGAAGCUGGAGGCCGCCCCUGAGAUGGGUGGGACCCUAGCUGGCCUGACAUAGGGUCCAGAGGCGCUGCCCACCCCCUGUACAUAACUGUAGCCCCAGCUCGCCACCCCAAGCACCCGUGUGUCUGCCCCAGUGACCCCUGGAACCUGCAUCCUCCCUGAAGCCAUGUAAGGUGUGCCCUCCUCACACCGCACCGUUUUUUAAAUAAAGGAAAGAAACGCUGAGCUGCUGCGUUUG